AUGCCAGUCUCUGAGGCGGCAAUCCAGAGCCGGCAGUUGAGCGGAUCCAGCACCAGCAACGAUCUUGAGAACGGGAGGGCGGGGGCUUGUCCCAAGGUGAUUUUCAUCUUUGCUCGUGCUAGCACCGAGCCUGGAAACAUGGGCAUAUCCACAGGUCCGGCCGUUGCAUCCGCUCUGCAGCGCACUUAUGGCGCCAGCAACGUUUGGGUCCAGGGUGUUGGUGGCCCAUACGGGGCGGGGUUAUACGACAACAUCCUCCCAGGCGGUACUUCGACUGCUUCCAUUAACGAGGCUGUGAGACUGUUCAAACAGGCCAACACAAAGUGCCCUAGUACUCCCAUUGUUGCUGGUGGUUACAGCCAAGGAACUGCCGUCAUGGCCGGCGCUGUCCCCAAGCUCUCGGACGCCGUCCGCAAGCAAGUCAAGGGCAUCGUUCUCUUUGGCUACACCAGGAAUUACCAGAACGGCGGCGCAAUCCAGAGCUACCCUCAGUCGAACUUGAAGGUGUACUGUGCCGCUGGCGAUCUCGUAUGCCUUGGUUCUCUUUACAUUACCGCAGCUCACUUUUCUUACAAUGCCGAUGCUGCGGGCCCUGCGCCCAGGUUCUUGGAGAGCAAGAUUGGUGCGGCGUGA